CCAUUCAGUGUUAAGCUUUUGCUGUUGGUGUUGUUUUUGCACAGAUUGAAAUACCAAGAUAAACCUAAUCAGUUUGUUUCUUAGUCGUGUUGAAUGGUGAAUGAGUGGUGCUGAAUUUCACAAACUUCAAUUCUGUCAAAAGGGAUAAAAUGAGUGCGUGCAAAAUACGAAAGUUUUACAAAUUGGACAUUAAUCGGACUGAAUGGGAGGUGCCUGAGAUAUACGAACAGCUGCAGCCAGUGGGAUCUGGUGCCUACGGACAAGUGUGCAAGGCAAAGGUGCGCGGCACCAACACAGAUGUCGCGAUCAAGAAGUUAUCACGACCCUUCCAGUCGACAGUGCACGCCAAGCGAACAUAUCGUGAACUAAUGCUCUUGAAGCAUAUGGAUCACGAGAAUGUUAUCGGUCUGCUCGAUAUUUUUCAUCCGCAUCCGCCAGAAACGGCACUGGAGGACUUUCAGCAUGUUUAUCUGGUGACUCAUUUGAUGGGUGCCGACUUGAACAAUAUCAUCAAGAUGCAGAACCUAUCCGAUGAUCAUGUCCAGUUUCUGGUCUAUCAAAUAUUGCGCGGUCUCAAGUACAUUCACAGCGCUGGCGUUAUUCAUCGGGAUCUGAAGCCAUGCAACAUUGCCGUAAAUGAGGAUUGUGAGCUGCGUAUUCUGGAUUUUGGUCUGGCGCGGCCACAGGAAUUCGAGAUGACCGGCUAUGUGGCGACACGCUGGUAUCGUGCACCUGAAAUCAUGCUCAACUGGAUGCACUACAGCCAGACAGUGGAUAUUUGGUCGGUGGGCUGCAUCAUGGCAGAGUUGAUUACGCGUCGAACUCUCUUUCCGGGAACCGAUCACAUCCAUCAGCUGAAUCUAAUCAUGGAAAUGUUGGGCACACCGCCCGAUGAUUUCUUGAAGAAGAUCUCCUCGGAAAACGCACGCAACUACAUCAACUCACUGCCACCGAUGAAGCGAAAGGAUUUUAAGGUCAUGUUUGAGAAUGCUAAUCCACUGUCGGUUGAUCUGCUAGAGAAGAUGUUGGAACUAGACGCUGAUAAGCGUAUUACGGCCGAGGAGGCACUGGCUCAUCCAUACAUGCAGAAAUAUGCCGAGCCAAGUGAUGAACGCACAUCGCCUUUUUAUGAUCAAAGUUUUGAGGAUGAGAAUUUCUCUUUGGAGAAAUGGAAAGAGCUCGUCUACAGGGAAGUCGUGAGCUUUAAGCCUCCUGCAUCGUUUGCUGACGUCCUGGAAAAUAUAAAGUGAUACCCGAUUACGGACUAAUGACUACAAAGUAUUCCCCACAAACUUAUUAUACUAAACAGUCUUUACAAAGUCAACAAUGAAUUUGUUCAAAUAUUGCCUUGUAUACUAAAAAUAUUCCGAUAGGUAUUCAUGUUAAUAUUAAUAUAUAUAUAUAUGGAUUUGUAUAUGUUUUGUUUUGUAAUUUUUUAUAUGCUGUUAUUGCUUGACAAUCGUUUAUUAAAUUAAGUUUUC